AUGGCUCUGAAUGGGUUGCUUGUUGUGGCAGUGUUGGGGCUGGUUAGUGUCCAAGAGGUUCAGUUGAAGCAAGCCCAUGCUCCUCUACUACCACAUCAUCCAUUUAUAGUGGUUUGGAAUGCACCAACUAAAUCUUGCCGUCUUCAAUUUAAGGUGGACCUGUACUUGAGUGUUUUCGACAUUAUCGCUGACGAUAAUGAGACACUGAGUGGCCAAAAUGUCACUAUUUUCUAUCACAGAGACCUGGGUUACUACCCUUAUUACACCGUUCCAGGAGUCCCCAUCAAUGGAGGCCUGCCUCAGAACCAGAGUCUGAGCAAACACCUUAAUAAAGCUCAAGCAGACAUAGACAAGCUUGUUCCAUAUAAAGACUUCCAUGGUCUUGGUGUCAUAGACUGGGAAAAUUGGCGGCCCCAGUGGGUACGUAACUGGGGCUCCAAGAACAUCUACCUGAACAAAUCCAAGGAACUGGUGAAGAAGGCCCAUCCAGGCUGGCCAAAGGGUAAAGUAGACAAGAAAGCUGAGGAAGACUUUGAGAAAGCUGGACAGGAAUUUAUGAAUUCAACUCUAUUUCUUGCAAAGACUCGCCGACCAUGUGGCCUCUGGGGCUUUUAUUUGUUUCCAGACUGUUAUAACUACGAUUACAAACAGCACCCUGAAAAUUACACAGGAAAGUGCCCCAACAUAGAGCAUGUGCGAAAUGACCACCUCAUGUGGCUUUGGAGGGAAAGCACAGCACUUUAUCCAUCGAUAUACCUUGACUAUGAGCUGAGGUCUUCACCCAAUGCUGUUAAAUUUGUACACUAUCGUGUAAAGGAGGCCAUACGGAUUGCAUCGAUUGCCAGGAGUGACUACGCCCUACCUGUAUUUGUGUACUCUAGGCCAUUCUAUGCCUACACCUUUGCUGUGCUAUCUGAGAGGGAUCUAGUUCAUACAAUAGGGGAGAGUGCAGCGCUGGGAGCAGCAGGAGUAGUCCUGUGGGGUUCAUCUGAGUAUGCUCAAUCCCAGAAAAACUGUCUAAGAGUGAAAAAGUACAUUGACGGCCCACUGGGCCAUUAUGUCAUCAAUGUUACCUCUGCAGCCAAGCUGUGCAGCAAGGCCCUGUGCAAGAAAAAUGGAAAAUGUGUGCGUAAUGGUCUGAAUUCUGGCACUUACCUUCACCUAAACCCUAAUUUCUUUAGCAUUCACCUCAACCAUGGACAUAUCGGGCCACGUUUCCAUGUGAACGGCCAUUUAAACAAACAAGACAUUCUGGACAUGAAGCAAAAGUUCAUUUGCCAUUGCUACCAGGGUUGGACAGGCAUGUACUGUGAAGUGCCGCAGCAGGAACACCCUCAGACUGUCCAGCUCAACAACCUCUGGGAGAUGCUUGUCGUUCUGUCCUCUCAUUUUGCUUGUCUGUCCAUCUUCAUGUUCCUGAUCCUAUGUCUCAUUAUAAAGUGUCUCAUCCUAUAA